GAUUCUGAUCAUUUUGUUUUACAUGUUUCCUGCCUACAAUAUUUGUUUACUUGUUACGGACUCCCCAGUUAGCACAGCAGUGCUUAACACUGACAAUUUAAUUCAGUGGUUUUUUUAUUACUUUAUUUUUUAUAUAUUCGAAUAAGGGAGCAAAACCUAUUUUCAAGUGAAUCAAAACUCAAUGUUGGCGUUCUUUUCACGGGUUUCUUCAAACGCCCACGUGUUUUGUGUUUAGGGAUGUGUUUUCUCAAUCGCAUCUACCUUUAAUCAAAUGGUCCUUGGAUAUUUAACUAUGCACGCAUUCUAAGAUUUGUUUGACACUAAUUUAAGAGGUUGGACUUUGUUUGUUACAAUGUGAAUUUUCAACGCCGGGUAUUGCAACUGUUUUGAACUUUAUUCCAUAGCUACAAUCCUUGUGCACUGCUUAUGAUUCUUUUAUGAAAUUGGGUGGAGUAUCAAAUAUUAAAAUUUUAGUGUUCCCUUUCAAAAGCAACGUAAUUAAUUUCAGUUUAAUUUCUUAAUCAAGCUAUUCGCUUGUUCGCCUGUGCAUCGCGAUCGCCGAACGUGGAAGUGAUUUCACGUAAAAUCAGUUGCGGAUUAAAGUAUUCUUUCUUACUUUGGCUCUUUUCCUAGAAGGUUACUACGGAAGAAACACUGUAAACUCUAACUUUAUAAAACAAAUCAAUUAUCUCGGUGUUUGUCUUAACAUUGUCUUAUACGACCGCGAAAGCAACCUAUUUCCCCGCCUAUUUUGCGCAUGGCAGAAGCAACAGUCCUUAAGUGGUUACAAAAAGAUAUUUUUAAACAUUAGAGGUCAUUGUGUUUGUAGAAUAAACUUCCGUCCUCUUUUUGACAGAAGGGAUUACGUUUUAGUAUGUUAACUUACAUGUGCAUCAACUCUCCAGUCCGUCUUAUUUAAAACCACAGCGGAAGUUUAAUGACCUGUUCGGUCUCUAUUCACCUAAAUAUCAUAUUUAUUUCAUGACAUGGGUCAAAACUUUCGUUAUCUUGUCUAGAUUCUUAUUCCGAAGAAUCUCGUUAUCCUAGCAAACGCUGAUUUGUUUCAAGCAUCUUGUCCUUGUACGUGGUUCUUAAAAAACUCUCCAACAGUGUGCUAAUAGAGCUCUUAUUUGAACAGCAUUUCUAGCUGAACUCACAAGUGCAUACUUUCGAAUGUGUCAAAUUUCGUCCGUGGGAGGCAACCCUCAAUUCCAUUUGUAGUUCUUUCUUGCACAGUUGGUGGCAUAGAUCUCACCAUUUAUCUUAAAUAAUCAAUAUACAUCCGGUACAGCUGCGUAGUCCACGUAACCAGCUUUUGCUGAGUCGAACCUUCGCGGAGCGCUUGACAAGUUGAAGAGCGGAUUAUCACUAUUUAACAAAACUGUGCCAAAACACUUCAGGCGCGCGUCAGAUGAUGUAUUCUGCUGUAACGGGCAAUGUAUUAGGUAACAGCCAAACUGAAGGAAAGAUUUAUCAUCGUUUACCUGAAGGCGAAGUGCAGAGCAGUGAAGACAGUGGCUUCAGGGAGCAAGACAACUUUAGUCAAAACAGCAACGAUGCUGGAAGCUACAUCGAGGUUAAUACUGCCGCCAAGACUGGGACUUUUGAAAAUUUUGCUCAUCUUUCGCAAAUAGCUGAAGACAUGCGAAGCCAGCUAAGCGAAACUCAUGGCAACAACCAGGAAGCAUUGAAGGAAGAACUGUUGCAAAUAUUCGAGAUGUAUUUCAAGAGCAAAAUGGAGGAUCGUUUGCGGGGAUUUAGAAGCAGGCAAAUAGAGUGGGAGGAAACAAAACGAGCAGAGCAAGAAGAAUUUGGGAGGAAAAUGGCGAAGGAAAAAAUGGAAAUGCAGAAGCAUUUUGCAGAUGCAAUAUCCAAACUGACUCAUUCAUUUAACGAGGAGAGAAAGCAACUUGAACAGUGUUACGAAGAGCAGUUGACAGACCUUAGAAAAAAGCUUGGAGAAGAACAAAAACGGGUUGAAGAGAAAUGUGCCGCUCAGGGUAAAUUAAAGCGCAAAGAAAAGCUUGAAGAUGAGUAUCAAAUGAUGUUAAUGAGGGAAACGUUGCAAGAGAAACAAGAGGCAAUGCGUGAAAAGUCGGAGAUAAAAGCACGGUUUACCAAGGAGAAAUUCGAGCUUGAGAAGAACUUCAAUUUCCUGUUGACUGAAGCUGAGGCAAGUUUGCACAGAGUUAGGGCCGAAUUGAAGGAAAGCGUAUGCAUGGCAAGGGAAAGUCAGAAAAAGAUAGUGGAUCUGGAAGUGAAACUGAAGGAAGAGCGGCAACAGCGAAUUAGUAUGGAAAAGGAAUUCGAGGAAGAAAAAGCGAAGUAUCACAACGAGGAUUGUUUGAACAAAAAGGAAAAUGAACAACUGAAAAGUGAAGUAGAAGUACUUCGCCAAGAAAUCGAGGAGAAAAACAGAGAAAUAAAAAGGCUUGUAGAAGCGAAUAAGGAGGGUAACCUCAAGAUACGGGCCUUGACUCGGCAUCUACAAAAGCAUGCAAAGAGGAACAGUGAAGAAGGGAGUGUAAAAAGUCAAGAAGGCGAAGGACGAGCUGCCCUCGAGGACAGAGCAAACACAGUCCAAACUAAUACAUGGGAUCUACAAGGAAACCCGAGAGCAGUAGAUACUCGCUCAGAGGAAAGUGAAAAUACAAUCGUGAAAGUAUAUGAUUCGAAGAUGCGAUUGACUGAUGAAAGAAAGAGAAUCUUGGUUUUUGUGACUUAUGAGAAACGUCCUGUGCAAGGCCUUUCCAGAUUUCUUACCGCAUUGUUACCAAAACAACCUAUUUCAUCCACUGUAAGGGUUUUAAUGGCGUCUGAUGUAAAGGACGAGGAGGCCUUCACUUAUACAGGACUGGUGCCUGUAAGUGACGGGUCGCUACAGGAACGGUUGGCAACCGUGAUGCAUUCAAACACCAAGAAAACCGAAGUCAACACAAAAUCAAGCGUUGCUCUUCCACAGAGUGCUAGAGAAACAGCGUUGAAUUCUACAUCGGGAUAUGCAAAUAGUAGCGGAGGACAGAUUUCCUUGCAAGGAAUAGCUGCUAGCGAAACGCAAUGCAACAAAGAAGAUAGCUUUACUGAAUACGAGUACAUUUCUGGCCGAACGAUGAUGUACUCCACAUCGGGACAUGUAAAUAGCAGCCAUGUUGGGGGAAAGACGGAGAACCAAGGAGUCAUUGUAGGUGAGUUAGAAAGCAAUAGAGAUGUCUUCACAGAAAAUGAGGACAUCUCUGGCGAACGGACCAUGGUGUAUUCCUCAUCUGGAAUAGUAACUAGCAGCCAAGCUGCAGGAAAAAUUUACCGGUAUGGAUCAUUUGAAGGUGGAAUGCGGAGCAGCAAGGACAGUGGCAUUGGAGAGCAGGACAACGCAAGCCAAAAUAGUAACGAGUUUGAAGUUUACACGGAGACUAACCUCAUCAAGGCUGCGGGAUUUGGCCAUCUUACACAAUCAUCCAAUGAGUUCCAGAUAGAACUGAGUGAGAACGACGAAGAAGCAUUGAAGGAAGAGCUGCUACACAUCUUUGAAAGAGAGAGGACAUCACUGGGGAUGUAUUUCAAGAAGAAAAUGGAGGAGCUUUUGAGGGGAUUUGGGAGCAGGCAAAUGGAGUGGGACGAAUCAACGCGAGCGGAGAAAGCAGAGCUUGAGAGAAACAUGUCGAUGGAGAAGAUGGAAAUGCAGAAAAAUUUCGCAGACGAGAUUGCUAAACUUACGCAGUCGUUUAAUGAGGAGAGAAAGCAACUUGAGCAGCAUUAUCAAGAGCAGUUAAAGGAUCUUAGAGAAAAGCUUGCAACUGAGCAAAGACAAAUGACAGGGAAUUUCGCCAAAGAGAAAAGUGAACUCAAAGAGAAACUUGAAGCUGAAUAUCAAGUGAUGUUGAAGAGGGAAAUUUCUCUCCAGAAGCAAGAGGCAUUUCGCGAAAACUCAGAGAUGGAGGUACGCUUUAACAAAGAAAAACACGAGAUCGAGAAGAAUUUCAAUCUCCGGUUGACCGAAAGUGAAACGAAUUCUCAAAGACUUAAGGCAGAGUUUGAAACUAAUUUGGCACAGGAAAGAAUGCAAAUGGAGAGAGACUUUCAGGAGAAGAUACGACAAGUUGAAGAAAAGCUACAGGAAGAGAGACGACUGAGACUCGAGGUAGAGAAACAAUUGGAGCUGGAAAAAGAAAAAUAUUGCAACGAGGAUUCGUGGAACAGAAAAGAAAAUGAACGCCUUAAAACCGAGGUCGACGUACUUCGUCUGGAAAUUGAAGAGAAAAAGAGAAUUAAUGUGGAGAUGAAAUCGUUUGAGGAGACAGUGACGCAAAAAGGACGUGACGGGCUCAGUGGUAAGUUAAAAGAUGACUUUGAAAAACUGUUAGCAGAUCACAAAGUGGAAUUGGACAAGACAUACCACAGAGAAAAAGAAGUACUUGAUCAAACGUUACAAGCUGAGAGACGGCAGAUCAAGGAAGAGCUUGACCGAGAAAAAGAGAAAAUGAAGUCAGAAAAGGAUGAAAUCAUAAGAACAAAGGAGAGGCUUCAAGUGGAAAGUCAAGCUCAGAUUGAUAGACAGCGACAGCAGGGAAGUCACGAGAAAUGGACGAGACUGUCUGUGGGGAACUUCCAAGGUGAACGAACAGAUGAAGGAGGUAGAGGAAUGAGCAAAGAGCAGAUGAGUGAUAAUGAAAGGUUGGAACUGCAAAAGGCUGACCAUCUGAAUGAAGUUGCAAUUGGAAGAAUAGAAUUGACUGCAAACCGUCAACAGCUGACAGACGAUAGCAGUAAUACAAAAGGUCUUCCUUUCUGGCAACCAUACCAGCGGGCACAACAACAACAACGACAACAAGAGCAACAACCAAAUAAAGACAGUGUGUGGACAGGAGCAUCUGCGGGUUCCCAUGUUACACAACACGGUGUUACCGCUAGUUAUCAACAGCUUGCAGGUAAUGAUUACAGUCUAAGGAAUGAUCCCACGUGGCAGCCUAGCUAUCAAGCCAGCUUUGAAUACAGCAAGAAGCGAGAGUUGCCAAGCAACCAACCUGUCGCUACAGAGAUCGGGAUUGGAUCAGUCGAGCAGUCCGGACUGAGAGGCAAUUCCAUGUAUCGUGUACCUUCAGAGAAUGAAUCUGCAUUACGAUUUGAGAUCAGCGCCUUGCAAAGCGAGAACGAAGGCUUAAAAGCCAAAGUGACAGCGCUGGAGGAGAACAUCGGCCUUCAUAAGAAAUACAAAGAGGAAGCCAAAGCGGAAAUGGAAAGGCUUCUGAAAGCAAAUCAGGACAAUGAGCACAAGAUACAGACCUUAACAAGUGCCGUUAAAGAUCUCGAGAUGAAGAACAGCGAAAAAGAGAAUGUGAAAAGGCGAGAACAUGAAAGCCAGGUUAAAUCACACUCCCGUGAAGACAGAGUGAAAACAGCAGAAAGGAAGGAUUCGCACCUGGAAGGAAAACUAAGAGGGUUAGAAACUCGUGCAGCCAAAGCUGAAAAGACAAGCAGAGAAUAUGAUGCCAAGAUGCGAAUGCCUGAUGAGGGAAGAAGAGAGAAGAGAAGAGAGGAUUCACCUGGUGGUCACCUUGAUAUCCGUGAUAGACGAAGUGCAUCAAACCUGAAGGAUGAGUCGCGAUACGAAUCUCCACCGACAAAUUACAGUCAAGAGCCUUCAUACAAGGCAAAAUACGAAGCGGUGUCGCAAGAAAAGAACAAACUGCUCCAGGUCACUAAAGAACUUCAAAUGAAGAUAAAAGCUCUUGAGGAAAAGCAAGCUGAGAUACUGCAACGUACCUCGCAUCCAGAGAAGUCCUCCGAGGAAAGUGGCGAAACUGAACGACUGAAACAGCUGGUGUCUGAGAAUGCAUCUCUAAAGGAACGAACAUCAGAAUUACAAAACCAGCUGCAUCGGCUGCUAGAAAAACUCAAGAACGAGAAGGAAAAGGUAAAGCGAUACAAAAAUAUUUAG